AUGUCUACCACGCGCUUCCUCCCCUUCCCCGACCCCAAGACAGUCGGCUUCCUCGACCUGCCCCUCGAGAUCCGCAUCUUCAUCUAUCGCGAAGUCGUCGUCCAGCCCGACACCGUCGAGUUAAGCCGCAGUCGACCCGUAUUCGAGUGUCUUCUAGAUGACGACACCACAGCCAUUCUCUCCCUCAACCAACAAACAAGAGCCGAAGCUCUUGACGUCUUCUACUCCGAAAACACCUUCCGUAUUGUCGCCGAAGAAGAUAACGAAGAUCUCCUGAGCAUACUUCCCCAAGCCGACCGCCUACCGAUUCGACGCCUGGAGUUGACGCACCCAGUUAUUGCUUCUUCGCCGUCGAAUACGAUGUUAUACAGGUCGGAUGUGGGCAACAAGGCAUGGAUGUCCGUCCUCUCGAACCUCAAGAGCCUCUGCAUCAUUGUUGUUCAGCCAUCCCAAUUGCCGGUAUACGAAGAGAUUGUGGCAAAGGAGAAUGGGGAGGAGCGCAACACCAUGAUCUCGUUGGGUGACAUCAAGAGCUUCUAUUCGCAGCUCGUGUCGCAGUCAUUGGAGAGUUCCAGAUCUACGCUCGUCUCGAUGUUAACACUGAGGAUCUAA